CGGAACUAGAAGCACAAGCAUUUCGCUACACUCGCAUUAACAUCUGCUAACCAUGUGUAUGUGACAAAUAAAAUUUGAUUUGAUUUGUAGCUGGCGAUUUUAAUAAAUCACAUUUGAGGAAAAUGCUACCAAGUUCUAUCAACACUUUGACUGUAGUACUCGCGCUGCUAAAACACUAGACCACUGCAACUCCAACUUCCGGGAUGCCUACAAGGCCCUCGUCUGCCCUCCCUUUCUCUUCACCCACAAUAACAUCUGCCGAACACGUGUAUGUGACCAAUGUAAUUUGAUUUGUUUUGACAUCCUAACUUAACUUUGUUUGUAAAGACUGCAUCAAAUCUCAUCAGGACAGACAAAGUCUUCUCUGUUUCAUCACACUCUCCACCGGUUCUGCGUCGUACCAAACGGCAGGUGUCACAUACACCAGGAAUCUUCAAUUUCAGUUGCUCCUCCUCAACACUUAAUGCCACCCAGUUAUCACUCCUUUCAAUGGCACCCUGCUCCAGAGUUCUUGUAUUUAGGCAAGUGGUCCGGAGCGCCAAAAAAAUUCUAAAAAUCAUCACAAGUCCACUUCGAGUGAUUCACCAAAUCAGCAGUCCCCAACCUCUUCUCCACCCAACCUGACACCACACAUGGAUCCACCAGCAGGUUAGGAUCCACUCUCUCUAAUCUUCUCACUCCAACUGGGCCAGAAUCAUCCUUAUCAUUAUUGGGACGAGGCUCAACCUCUGCCAUCUUCACCACACCUGCCACUGCAGGUAAUUCAUCCUGAAUCUUGUCAGAUUCAUUUUCGUCCUCCACCCAUGUGUUGUGAUUUAUCCAAUGUCCUCACUUGACUUCGGCAUUUUUCCUUCUUCCUCAGUUUCCCUAUCUGUCAUCAGAAUACAUUGCUUUUUUUUGUGACAAAACACAUUGAUAUUAAUUGCUGUGUUUUCACACUUGGCUGUCAAUUCAUUUCAAAUGUCCUCCCCUCAGAAUUCUUUUUUUGUGAUUCCAAGUAAAAUAUUGGUAUCUUUUGACUUUUUAAUAGCUUAAUAUAUAUUUUUGUAGAAUUAAAACCUGUUAGGGGAUAGGGGGCAGCAUUUUCACGUUUGGAUGAAAAGCAUGCCCAGAGUAAACUGCCUGCUACUCAGUCCCAGUUGCUAAUAUAUGCAUAUUAUUAGUGGAUUUGGAUAGAAAACACUCUGAAGUUUCUAAAACUGUUUGACUGAUGUCUGUGAAUAUAACAGAACUCAUAUGGCAGGCGAAAACCUGAGAAAAAUCCAACCAGGAAGUGGGAAAUCUGAGGUAUGUAGGUUUUCAACUCUUGGCCUAUCGAAUACACAGUGUCUUUGGGGUCAUUUUGCACUUCCUAAGGCUUCCACUAGAUGUCAAUAGUCUUUAGAACCUUGUUUGAUGCUUCGACUGUGAUGUGGGGCCGAAUGAGAGGGGAUUGAGUAAGGUCUGCCAUGAGCUGAACAUGCGCUGACCAUGCACGUUCACGUGAGAGUGAGCUCUGUUCCAUUGCAUUUCUGAAGACAAAGGAAUUCUCCGGUUGGAACAUUAUUGAAGAUUUAUGUUAAAAAUAUCCUAAAGAUUGAUUCAAUACUUCGUUUGUCAUUUUUCUACGAACUGUAAUGUGACUUUUCGUCUGAAUUUUGCCUGGACCUGCCCGCGAGUCGUGAGUUUAGAUUGUGUACUGAACGUGCGAACCAAAAGGAGUAAUUUGGACGUAAAUGAUGGACUUUAUGGAACAAAUCAAACAUUUAUUGUGGAACUGGGAUUCCUGGGAGUGCAUUCUGAUGAAGAUCAUCAAAGAUAAGUGAAUAUUUAUAAUGCUAUUUCUGACUUAUGUAGACUCCAACAUGGCGGAUUUCUUCUUGGGUUGUGUUGGUCUCUGAGCACCGUACUCAGAUUAUUGCAUUGUUUGCUUUUUCCAUAAUUUCUUUUUGAAAUCUGACACAGCGGUUGCAUUAAGGAAAAGUAUAUCUUUAAAUCUGUAUCUUUAUCAAUGUUUAUUAUGAGUAUUUCUUUGAUUUGAUGUGGCUCUGUGCAAAUUCACGGGAUGUGUUGAAGGCAAAGCCAAAUGUAAACUGAGGUUUUUGGAUAUAAAUAUGAACUUGAUCGAACAAAACAUACAUGUAUUGUGUAACAUGUUGUCCCGGGAGUGUCAUCUGAUGAAGAAUAUCAAAGGUGCAUCAUGGGACCUUUGAUCCGGCAAGUCUGUUUGUUAACAUUCCUCAUCUUCUUUAAUGCCUGUUCAUCUGUUGCAGAUAAGCAGCUUGUUGUCCCUCCUGACCCUGUAGUUACCUCUACUGGUCAUGAUGUCAUCCUUCCCUGUCACCUGUCUCCUCAAACCAGUGCUGUUAACAUGGAUAUCAGGUGGUUUAAGGAAGGAGAAUUCGCUAGCCCCCUGUACCUGUAUUUGGAUGGAAAGGUAACAGAGGGGAAAGGCUAUGAGGGUAGAGUGAGUGUGUUCACUCAGGAGCUGGAGAAAGGCAAUAUAUCACUGCUGCUGAAUAAUGUCAUGGCUUCUGAAAGGGGAAGCUACAAAUGCCAAGCCAGCUACUUGGACUGGAUUCAGGAACUGCCUGUUGUGCUACAGGUUAAACAGCAGGGCAGUGUCCCCAGGAUCUCCAUGAGGAAGCACCACAGAGUGUUCAUCCAGCUCAGCUGUAGCUCAGAGAACUGGUACCCAGAGCCUGACAUGUUGUGGACAGACAGCAGUGGGAAGGAGAUCACCUCAGCAGAGACAGAGAGACCGAAACAGAAGGAGGGGGGUGUCCUGUACUCCAUCACCAGUCACAUGAGAAUAGGGAAUGACCAACUGGAGGGGGUCACCUGUGUGGUGAUGUCACAGUACCAGGGAACCAAGAUGGAGUCUACACUGCAGAUGACUGAGGAAUUCUACAUGAGCAGUCUGCCUGACAGGGUGUACAUCUCUGCAUUUAUGAUUCCUGUGUUUCUGGGACUGCUGUGUAUCACUGCAUCUGUGCUCUCCUUAUUCCAUCAGAGACGAGUUGUUCGAGAAAAACUGAAGCCUUUGGAUGAUAUGAAUACAAAAUUAAAAGCUAUGGAUCAAGAGCUCAUCAAAAAGACAAAUCAAGUCACUUAUAAGGAUAAGUUAAUGGGAAUUAUUGAAACAAUCCCAGACUCUGUUUGGAGCUUGAUGGUUGAUCAUGCAGUGGAUGUGACUUUCGACCCUGACACUGCACAUGUCAAACUCUCUUUAUCUGACGAUAACAAAUGUCUCAAAUUUGGAGAAUUAAAAGAAAAAAAGGAUUGUGAGAAUUUCAAAGAAAAAAGCAAAGGCACUAAAAACAAGUUUAAAUAUAAUCAAUGUGUCUUGGGAGUGGAAGGAUAUGACAAAGGUACACAUUACUGGGAGGUUGACCUGGGGAAGAAGAGCCAGUGGAGUGUUGGGAUCGCUCAGGACACAGAGAAGAGAGACAACAUCCAAAUGUAUCCAGACACUGGCUUCUGGAGCAUAUGUUACAAAGAUGGAGAACUGAAAACAGUUGAACAGUCUCCCACUUUCCUUCCCAUUGAACUGAAACCUGAGAAGCUGGGAGUUUUAGUGAACUAUGAAGGAGGACAGGUAACAUUUUUCAAUGUGGAGAAGAGGUGCCACAUCCACUCCUUCAUCAAUGGCAAGUUUACUAAGAAACUCUAUCCGUUCUUUGGUCCUUUGAUUGAUUGUAAAGAGGAACUCAAAAUCUCACCUGUGGUGCAAAGAGACAAACCCUCAACCUCUGAGAACUGUUAGUGUAAAUAAUGGAAGAUGAAUAGAAAGGUAUUUAGAUCCCAAAGAUAAUUGUAAUUAUAAUACUAUUAAUAUUAUAAUUUAAAGCUGAAAAUGUAAAUCCUAUAAUGUAGCUUUUACACAUGUUAGUUUUAAAGUGUAGAAUAUACACUGAGUGUACAAAAUAAUAAGAACACCUUCCUAAUGUUGCGGUCAGAACAGCCUCCUUUCAUUCUACAAGGUGUCUACAUACUUCCCACAGUUGUGUCAAGUUGUCUGGAUGUCUUUUGGGUGGUGGACCAUUCUUGAUACACACGGGAAACUGUGAGCAUGAAAAACACUGCUGCGCUACAAUUCUUGACACAAACCGGUGCACUUGGCACCUAUUACCAUUCCCCAUUCAAAGACACUUAAAUAUUUUGUCCUGCCCAUUAACCCUCGAAUGACACACAUACACAAUCAAUUGUCUCAAGGCUUAAAAAUCGUUCUUUAACCUGUCUCCUCCCCUUCAUCUACAAUGACUGAAGUGGAUUUAACAAGUGACAUCAAUAAGGGAUCAUAUCUUUCAGCUGGUCAGGAAAGAGCAGUUCUUCAUGUUUUGUGCACGCAGUGUUAAUCUAUUUCAAUAUGAAGUCUCAGUUGUUUUAAUUACAAUAUGUUUGACAUUAUAGAAUAAUUGACUCACUCACUAUAAUUGUGUUUUUUUGUAAUAUCCUGUUUAAAAAUAUAUGUUCACUCACUGUACUCAAUGUGGUAAAAUCUGUAAAAGUGUAAAAACUUUUGUUACAACAAUAAAAGGCAUAUUCAAAUUUGU